ACGAGAGAAAACGAAAAUGGCGGAAACGGUUCCGGCCCCGAAACGCAGGAGAGUCCUGGACCCGUCGGAGGUGGUUCCGGUCCCGGUUUACUCCAGCCAGGUCAGCAGCAGUUUGGACCUGAAGCCGACGGUGUUUUCCAGAGGAGAUCCAGGCGUGCAGGACGGGGACGAGGACUCUCUGUGGUGGGACGUGUCGUCCCGCCUGAAGACGGCGUCCACCUACAUCAGCGACUCGGAGGACUCGGACCUGGAGCUGAUCGGAGGACGGAGACGCACGGAGGACGCCGCCCGCUGCCCGUCCCCCCCGCCCCCGGAGAGUCCCGUCCUGAUCCAGUCCAGGAGAGUCGCCAGGAAGAUCAGCGAGGUGAACAAGAAGCUUCGAGCCGUCAGCUCCGUCUUGUCCCCAGAACCGGAGCCCCGGAGGACCAGACGUCCCGGGAGACGGGCGUCCCAGACGUCCCAGGUGUCCCAGAUGUCCCGGCGGUCGUCGUCCUCGCUGGACAUCGUGGACAUUGUGGACGUGGAGGACGUGGAGGACGUGGAGGACGUGUCCUCCUUCCAGGACCCGAGCCGGCAGAUCCCCCUGAAGAUUCGCUGCAGGACCGACGUCCACAAGAUUCCCGUCGUCCCGUCGACGCGGCUGAGUGACGUGCUGCGACAGCUGUCAAUCAUCCUGGACGUCCCGCCCCCCCGCCUGCUGCUGCUGAAGGGGGACGAGGAGCUGGUCGCCACGGCAACCGUGCUGGAGGCGGGGCUGGGCAUCGCUGACAUCAUCGAGUGCGUUGUCAUGGCGGCGGACCAGAGCAGCAUCACGGUCCGUCUGCAGGGGAAGGACCGGGCGUCCACGCAGCAGUUCAGCAUCAGCAGGGACGCCCCCCUGUCCUCCGUCUUCUCCCGCUACCUAGCCACCACUAGCUUGUCCAGCGCUAACUUCCUGUUUGACGGAGCCAAAGUUUCAGGCAGCGAGACGCCGGCGCAGCUGGACAUGGAGGACGGGGACAUCGUGGAGGUCUGGACAUGAACCUGGACCUGGACCCGGUCCUGGACCUGGACCUGGACCUGAACCUGGACCUGAACCGGUCCCGGGAGGUCUGGACCUGGACCUGGACCUGAACCUGGACCUGGACCGGGCCCGGUCCCCCGUCCUCCGUCUUCCGUUUUGUUGUAAUUUUAUUUGUAUAAACUUUAUUUGUUCUGAUAAAUAAAUUUCUGC